AUGCCGUCGUUACUACUAUCUUGGUUUUUAUUCCAUGCUCUCAUACUAGCCUUCGUCGCUGGCUACAAGAUUGACCAAUCGUGCGAAGACAAGGGCAUUACGCAAGACAUUCGUGAUGCUAUGACUUCGGCUAUCGAGAAGGCUGCCGGAGCAUACGAUACCCUGACAUCUCCACUAAGCGACGAUGCACUCGAACUUCUGGGUUUCCUGUUCGCGAAAGAUGGUGUGAGUCCGGCCGAACUCAUGGACAAGGGCAAGUUCGGCAAGACCAUAGGGGUUUUGCAAAACAUCAAUGCAAACAUGUGGAAGGAAGUGACUGGUACCGCCGAGGUACUUCCUGAAGACGUGGUCAUCUUUUGCCAUUAUGAUCGCUGGAAACCGGUGGAAGGAGAGAAGGACCUUUAUCGAGAUUCUACAAAUGGUGUGCGACUAAAGUUCCGUGAGCAAGCAUGUAGAGGUAAUACGGUCCUCGACAAGAUUGCCCUGGCAGUCACCUUCAACCCGGAAACAGAGGUUGUCUGGAAGAACGGAAGGCCCAUCGCCGGUACCGGUAUGCAACCUGCCCAGAUUCAGCUAUGUACUUGGUUCGUCGAUUGGAUCAAGCAGAAGAAGUUCAAGCUUUCUGGUGACGUUCAAAAGAGAACGAAGAUUGGGAGGGCGGUGAUCAACGCGGCCGAAUGGAGACAAUUCGGUCUCAGACAGAUUGGUGAGUUGUACAAAGAUUCGACUAAAGGCAAAAACUGA